AUGGAUCGCGCACAUCUAUCGAGUGCUGGGCGUUGGGCAUGGCUGCUAGGGUUUCUGCUGCUGGGACUGUUCCUUGGCCAGCCUGCCGCACAGGACACCGCCGAAGAUGGGGCUCCACAACCCAAGACCGUGAAGGUCCGGUUCGACCCGUACCAGGAGCUGUGCCUCGGAACGUACGAGCGGUCGGCCGCGAUCACCAGCCAGCUGGUCUGCUGGUACGAUGCCCGCAACCUGCACAGUGUGAUCGGGCCGCACAAGGUGGAACUGCUAAGUUUGCAGCCGUUCGUUGGCAUUUUUCACGACGUGAUUCACGACACCGAGAUCGCCAAGCUGAAGGAGCUGGGCGAGGCGUACAUCAAGCAGUCGGGAGUGACAAACGACAGCUGGCUUCCGGUGUACUACGACAACCAUCAGACCUUCACGCUGCACGACCGGGACCACGGCGUGGUGGAGCGGUUCACACGGCGCAUCGAACGGAUGACCGGGCUGAGCUGCGAGACGGCCGAGCCGCUGAAAGUGAUCUACAACGAGGUGGGCGCGUUCCGGACGAGCGAUAUCGACGCGAUCAGGACACCGGAGGAGCGUCACAAGUUUGCGUACGCCGGCGAUCGGCUAGCGACGGUGUUCUUCUUCAUGAGUGACGUCGAGGAAGGAGGCAGGCUUAUAUUUCCACGGCUGCGCGUCAGCAUUCGGCCGCGGAAGGGCGACGCCGUCUUCUGGUAUAACCUCAAGGAAACGGGCGACGCGGACGACCGGAUGCGGUACAGCGUGUGCCCGCUGAAGGAGGACUCCAAGUGGACGGCAAAGAAAAUCAUCCACACGCGGGGCAACGAGCUCCGGAAGCCGUGCCAACCGACCGGCAACAUCCUGUCGCUUGUGGAACCGUCCGCACAGUAA